AUGUUGACAAAUCUCUCUUUCUCUCUCUCUCUCUACUUCUCAGACCCCUCAUAUGAUGCUGUACGACGGACUGGAUGGUCGAACAACAUGCACAGUGGGAAAGGUAAGCAUGCUUUUUGCUUUACUGAGUCGGAGAAAGACUUGUAGCCAAACCACACAAGGAAUUAGGAUAUGGUCCUACCCAUCACGCAUCAUCACAUACAUUCUUCCCUAGCUCAUAGUGAUACGUGUGAGAGCCCACACUCAACCUAAGCACGCAAGGCAGACCACCAAUGAUUAAAUCCUCAGUCGUCAACCCUGAAAUCUGUGAACUUUAAGCACUUACCCUAGCCACCAGUUAUUGGGCUGUUUUCUUUGGAAUGGGGCUGAAGUGCCAUUAAGAUGUGUACCGUGAUUUAUCCAUGACCGCCCAACUGGCUUUCCUCCCUCCUGUUUCUUUCCUUCUUUCCCUUCCUAACUUCUCCCUCUUCAGGCUCACCUGUGGUCACACAGAACGUGUCCAAAUCCACUGAACAGCCCAGACCUCAGCCAGGUAAUGUAUUUCACCCUGCUCAUUCCUUCCAUCAUGUGUGUGCAUUCCACCUAAGACAGCCACGGUGGGUUACACCCAUCUGGAUGAGUAUCAGCCUAAUGUAUAGUGAUAGUUACAGACUAACAGACCCCUCUCUCUCUCUCUCCACAGAUCCUUACCAGAUCCUGGGGCCCACCAGCAGUCGACUGGCCAACCCAGGUAGGUUCAGGAGGAUGUAUGAGACCAAUCAUAUAUCAGAUGUAAACUACAUUCUCAACCUACAUUGCUUCAUUAUGGCCCUGGUAGAUUUCUCUGUAAAAUAGUCACAGAAUUUUUUUUAUCUGCUGAGAAUUGUGCACAUUGGCAUUCUACUUUACUGCAGUAUUCAGUAAGUACAUAAUGAGUUAUGGGUCUUUGAUCAAUGGACUGUUAGUUGUUCAGGGAUAGAACAGCUGUUGAUUUGACCUGUGUGUGUGUGUCUGUGUGUGUGUGUGUGUUUGUGUCUGUGUGUGUGUGUGUGUGUGUGUGUGUGUGUCUGUGUGUGUGUGUGUGUGUGUGUGUGUGUGUGUGUGUGUGUGUGUGUGUGUGUGUGUGUGUGUGUGUGUUUCCUGGUCAGGUUCAGGACAGAUCCAGCUGUGGCAGUUCCUGCUGGAGCUCCUGUCAGACAGCGCCAAUGCCGGCUGCAUCACUUGGGAGGGCACCAACGGAGAGUUCAAGAUGACGGACCCGGACGAGGUGGCGCGUCGCUGGGGCGAGAGGAAGAGCAAGCCCAACAUGAACUACGACAAGCUGAGCCGCGCCCUGCGCUACUACUAUGACAAGAACAUCAUGACCAAGGUGCACGGCAAGCGCUACGCCUACAAGUUUGACUUCCACGGUAUCGCCCAGGCCCUGCAGCCCCACCCCACCGAGUCCUCCAUGUACAAGUACCCCUCGGACCUGGCAUACGUGCCCUCCUACCAUGCCCACCAGCAGAAGGUCAACUUCGUGUCCCCACACCCUCCCUCCAUGCCCGUCACCUCUUCUAACUUCUUUGGACCCACCGCUCCGUACUGGAGCUCCCCUACAGGGGGCAUCUACCCCAACCACAGCGUCCCCCGCCACCCCAACUCCCACGUGCCCUCCCACCUGGGCAGUUACUACUAA